AUGUCUUCGUCCAAGAAAUGCACAAGAUGCAACAACGGCAAGAACGUGGAUCACCUCGCGACGAAGUGCCAGAAACUACUACACCUAGAAUAUACGAAGAGGCACAACGAGGUAGCAAAACGGGUCCACUCAGUACUCGGGAGGCAAAUAGGACUACCCAAGGAGAAGAUAGACGCCCACAAGAUCGAGAGUGAAGUACAUGGAAAAUACGGAUGGAUCGCGUACGACAAGACGGUCAAGACUCAGAAGACUAAGGAAUACAACAGGCCAGACAUCAUCCUGGCGGAUCGGCGGAGGAACACCAUAACCAUCGUGGAGAUAGGAAUCACCAAUCAAGACAACCUAGUGGAUACGGAGAAGUUCAAGAAGCAGAAGUAUGAAGACCUUAUUGAGGACCUCAAGGCGCGACAGUUUAACCAGCACACCAAGAUCAGGGUUAUCCCCUACGUUAUGACGUGGGAGGGAAUAGUGACGAAAGAACACAGCAAGUAUAGACGGGACCUGGGCAUAUCGGAUCGCAUGGAAGCCCACAUACAAAGGGUAGUGAUCCAAGAAACACAUAAAAUAGUGAUGAGGGAUAUGAAGCCGAAAGAAGACUACGAUUCCGUAGAAGACCCUCAAGCCCAAACUGGAUGGAUGCCCGCAUGGAUGGCACCAGUGACGUCCGGCAAUGGACCGGCGUGGAUCCCGCAACCGGUUUCAGCGUGA